AUGUCAGGCCUCGAAGAUGCACAGAGUGGACAAGACAGAGGUGAGGCUCUCGGCGACAAAUCGGGCAGCUCCAUCUCUGGCUUGGUCAGCACCCUGGCUGUUUGCGCACCCAUCGCCGGUGUUUACCUCGUCAUCUUUCUCAUCCUUCGUCGGAGCCAACGUCGGUUUUAUGCGCCGCGAACCUAUCUCGGCAGUUUGCGCGAAAGUGAACGAUCCCCGAGUCUGCCCAAUGGCCUUUUCAACUGGUUCGGUCACUUCUGGAAGAUCCCCGACAUUUAUGCUCUCAAGCACCAGUCCCUGGAUUCUUAUCUUUUCCUUCGCUUCCUUCGUAUCUGCGCCACCAUCUGCUUAGUCGGCCUUGUCAUGACAUGGCCUAUCUUGUUCCCUGUCAAUGCCACUGGUGGAGGCAAUGCCGGCCAGCUUGACAUUCUGUCCUACAGCAACAUUGACGUCACGGUUCCGUCCGGCCUUAACCGCUUAUACGCCCAUGCACUCCUCGGCUGGCUCUUCUACGGUUUUGUCAUGUACUUGAUCAUGCGGGAGUGCAUCUACUACAUCAACCUGCGCCAGGCCUUCUUGCUUUCGCCAACCUACUCCAAACGCAUCUCGUCGCGCACCGUUCUCUUCACUUCUGUCCCCGAUGCCUACCUGGAUGAGGCCAAGUUCAAGAAGCUCUUCAGCGAUUCCAUCAAGAGAGUUUGGAUCACUGGCGACACUGAGAAGCUGGAUGACCUCGUGGAGGAGCGCGACAAGGUUGCUAUGAAGCUCGAGAAGGCCCAGGUCAAGCUUAUCAAAUUGGCCAACGCCGCUCGCCUCAAGGCUGCCAAGAAGGGUGCUUUAGACGACAAGGCCCCGACCGCUCAAGAUACCGAGUCCGCUGAUGCCUCGGCUCGCUGGAUCCCUCAGAAGAAACGCCCGACCCAUCGCCUCGGCCCGUUGGGUCUCGUCGGAAAGAAGGUUGACACGAUCGAAUGGUGUCGCUCUGAACUUCAGCGUUUGAUUCCCGCGGUUGAGGCUGCCCAAGCUGAGUACCGUUCCGGGAAGGCCAAGAAGAUACCAGCUGUGUUUGCCGAAUUUUUCACCCAGUCAGACGCCCAGGCCGCCUUCCAGGUCACCACUCACCACCAGGCUUUGCAGAUGACGCCCAAGUACAUCGGAAUCCAACCUACUGAAGUCAUCUGGAAGUCAUUGAGGGUGUCCUGGUGGCAAAGAGUUGUUCGCCGGUAUGCUGUUGUUGCCUUCAUCUCCGCCCUGAUCAUCUUCUGGGCCGUGCCGGUUACUCUUGUCGGUAUUAUCUCGCAGGUUUCUUACCUGGAGACGGUUUCCUUCCUCACAUGGCUCAAACAGAUCCCCGAUGUCAUCAUGGGAGUCGUCUCUGGCCUGCUUCCUAGUGUUGCCCUGGCCGUCCUCAUGUCAUUGGUGCCCGUCAUCAUGCGCCUAUGCGCCAAGCUCUCAGGCGAGCCCUCUGACUCGCGCGUCGAACUGUUCACCCAGAACGCCUACUUUUGGUUCCAGCUGAUCCAGGUCUUUUUGAUCACAACUAUUUCUGGAUCAGCUGUCGCCACCAUUCAGGCAGUCGCUCAAAACCCGGGCUCCAUUUUCGGCACCUUAUCCACGGCGUUGCCCAAGUCUUCCAGCUUUUACAUCAGCUAUUUCAUAGUCCAAGGCAUCACCCUUGCGACUGGCGUCCUGACUCAGGUGGUUGCGUUUGCUAUUUUCGCGGCGGUGCUGAAGUUCCUCACCAACACGCCCAGAGCUCUGUACCAGAAGUGGUCUACGCUUGCGGCCAUCUCUUGGGGAAGUGUUCUCCCCGUGUACACGACCAUUGCAGUUAUCAGCAUCAGCUACGCCAUCAUUGCGCCCUUGAUGCUGUUCUUCUCAACUUUGGGCAUGGGCUUGUUCUACCUGUCAUACCGCUACAACGUGCUCUUCGUCACCGACACCAAGGUCGACACUAGAGGCCUCUUGUACCCUCGCGCCCUCAAGCAACUGUUUUCUGGUGUUUACCUGGCAGAGAUCUGUAUGAUCGGUCUUUUCGCCGUGUCGAAAGCCAUUGGCCCUCUUGUUCUCAUGAUUGUCUUCCUCGUCUUCUCAGUCCUGUUCCACCUCACGUUGAGCAGUGUCCUCGACCCUCUCAUGUACACACUCCCCAGAACCUUGCAGGUGGAGGAGGAGUCGUUGAACGCCGACAUUGAGGGAAUCGACCGCAAGGACUCGGGUAGAGGUGUUUCGGAGGAGCAAAACGCCGACUCAGGCAACUUGUUCAAGAAGGUGCCCAACAUCAAGAACUUUGCUCCUGGCGGCGAAGAGAACACUGUGGGGAAGGGAGGUAACAUGGUGACUCGGUUCCUCAAGCCUUGGAUUUCCGUCGACUACCUCACGCUUCGCCAGCUGGUUCCUCACCACGCCGCUACCAUCGACGAGAUGUAUCCUGGCACCAUUCAAGACAACGCCUACUUUCCUCCUUCGGUCUCUAGUCUGCCCCCUCUUCUGUGGAUUCCCGAGGACGCUGCUGGAGUAUCCAAGUCGGAGAUCGCCCAGACGAGCAAGAUCAUUCCCAUCACAGAUGAAGGUUGCCAGUUGGACGAGAAGAACAAGCUCGUAUGGGAUUCGGAGGCUGCCAGACCUCCUAUCUGGGAUGAGAAGAUUUAUUACUAA